GAAAGUCUCAAACAAAUAUUCUCUCUUUCAUUCCCUCCCAAAUCAUAUUUCCCUCUCCUUCGAUCUAAAUCAUACUCAUUUAAACCCUCUCAACAAUCAAUUUCCCCAAUUUCACUCUCUCUCCUAUAAACCCUAAUUUCUCCCUUCUAAUUCGAACUUCACUCUUCUCAGAAACCCUAGAAUUUCUCAAAUGGCGUCGAAGGAGGUUUUCAAUUUGCUAAACUUGUACCAAGAUGACGACGACGACGACAUGGAAGAUGCCGAAAAGACCGAAAAUGAAGACGAAAUAACAGAAUCUGAGCCACAAAGAAGAGUAGAAGAGCUUCGAGGUGCGAAGAAAGAUGAAAGUGAUGAAGUUGGUGUGCCGACUACUACAGCUAAUUCAACUCGAUUGAACCCUAAUUCGACUCCGAAGUGGAGCAAUUUGAGACCGCCAACACCGCAGCAAGCUCAGAGUUUCGUGCCGCUUGAUUUGGAUGCGUUGAGACAGAGGAGAGAUAAGCCUGGCAUUGUUGAUUAUGGUCAUGAUGAUGUUGCUAUGUCUCCUGAAGCUGAGGAGGGAGAAAUCUUGGGAAUGAGGGCCGGCCGAGUUAUGUAUGGUGAAGAGCUUGAGAACACUCGUGAUAUUCCACAGAGGACUCCUACAACUAAUGUACAGACCAUGACACCAAACAAUCAAGUGGACUCUCCCCAAUUGUCUACUCAGCUAGAUGCUUCACAAAUUGACCAUAGUGCAGAGAAAGAAUUAGAAGCUGAGGUUGGGAUAGGUGCCAAUCUUUCUGGUGAAGACAGAAUAGAUUCUGACCCAGUACAAAAUUUUCUUCCAUCACCGCCAGAAGAGAAGUGUUCGGAUGAGUUGCAGGAGAAGAUAAAUAAGUUUCUUGCAUACAAGAGGCAAGGAAAAAGCUUUAAUGUAGAGGUUCGCAAUAGAAAAGACUACAGAAACCCUGAUUUCUUGCGCCAUGCUGUGAGGUAUCAAGAUAUUGAUGAGAUAGGGUCAUGUUUCAGUAAAGAUGUCUUUGAUCCACAUGGAUAUGAUGAAAGCGACUAUUUUGAUGCAAUAGAAGUUGAUAUGAAGCGUGAAGCGGAAAGGAAGGAGCAAGAGAGGAAGAAAAGUCCAAAGGUUGACUUUGUUUCUGGGGGAUCACAAGCUGGAAUCACUGCUACUGCACAGAAAGCUACACUGCCUAGUCCAGGUGUUUCCAAUUUGCCAUCUGCUGGAUCGCAGGCAGGAUCAGCUGAAAUAUCAACUCGGGAGGGUCGACAAACUAAGAAAUCAAAAUGGGAUAAGGUGGAUGGUGAUAGAAGGAAUGUGUUUGGUGGUGGACAUGAUACUUUAUCUGCCGUUGGAUCCCAUGCAGCACUCCUUUCGGCUGCUAAUGCUGGCGCUGGAUAUGCUGUUUUCGCCCUUCACAGCAAACAACAUUCUCUUCUCGUGUCUUGGUUGUUGUCCAUUGGCAGUUGGUCUUUGGUGGCCUAAAAAGGAGAUUGAGAUUGCUCACAGGCAGAGAGAUGAUAGAGAGAGGUUUAGAGAUCCUCUGUGGACACUUUGGUCUAUUUGUAUAGUUCUUUCUUGGUGGAGCUGAAGCUGGAGUAUCUUGAUAGAGGGUAGGGAGAGAGAGAGAGAGAGAGAGAGAGAGAGGGGAGAGGGAGAGGGAGAAGGUUGCUUUGUGAUCCUAGGGUUUACUCACCCAAGUUAAGUUACCAUUUCCCUGAGGUCUUUUGAGCUAAUAAACGCCUUGGUGAAGUAUACUCGUGUUUUGGAACUCUUUGAAUCACCUGCUUCAACAUGGAAAAAUAAUAUGAAACAUUUUGGAUGUCAUCAUGUUGUUUUAAACACAUUUGGUACAUGUUCCAUUUCCAUAACAUCUUGAAAAUGCCGAAAAGCAAGGUUUCAAUUGUUUCUGAGCUCUGUAGCAUUGCCAUAACUUCUGGGGUUAUUACACUUCCUAAAUUAUUGCCAUCGAGGUAUUGUCCAUUGACUGGAAAAUGAUGUGGCACUUUCCUCAAGGAACACUACCUAUCAAAUACGUUUGAGGCCCAAAUACUCUUGGGACUUAAAUUCACAAUAAUGUUUGCAUCUUGAUGUCACAAUAUUUUGUUUUUCUUUAACUUAUAUGACAAAGUUACCCUUCUAUAAAAAAAUGCAUCUCAAGUAUGGUGCUAGACUAGUUGUCUGCUUAGUUGCCUACAAUUAGAAAUCAUGCAUUUAGCUUGCUGACGAAUCAUUUUGAUUCUUAGUUUGCAAUAGAUUUUACUGUAUGUAGCUUGAAAGUUCUGAGGCUCAUGUCGUAGUCCACAGAUCUCCUUGUCUCUUUCUCAUUAUCUGGUUUUUGUACUUGGAAGUUGAUUCCAGGAGGUGUAUCUCAAAGCAGUCUAGACGUAUUCCUUUUUUGAUUUGAUAUUCUGUAGAGAAGUUAUGAACAGGGUUUCAGUCACAUCUUAUUACAUUGACACCAUGGAACCUGACUUUGUUGUAAAGAAGCUCAUAGAAGAAGAUAACUAUAUUAGGGCCUGCAUUUUAGUAGUUGGUAGUUCUUUUUGAAAAUAUUCUACAGAUUUCUAGCUGGCAGUUGCUUGGAUUAUGUUUAUGUGUAUGUUUACAUUGAAUGAUUGAAGCGAUUAGUUUACUCUAUCGUUGAAAACCGAACAAAUCAAUGGGUCUGCAAGGCUUUCUGUUUUUUUUAAGAAGGUUGAUGAGGCAUAGAAAAACACUCUGAGUUCUCUGUAGCGUGUGAUGUUUACCUUAGAUCGUGGUUAAAAGCUAUGUCAUUGUGGGUCUUGCUGAUCCUCUUGUACUCUUGUUGACCUGUAUGGAUCUUAUUGUUGUCAUAUUAGAUUAUAGCAUACAGCUAUCUAGACUUCUAAUCCUUUAUUCAAAGGUGCUGUGAAAUCUGGUUCUUGAUAGGAUACAACUUAUGUUGUCUGUUCUUUACCCAUUAAUAUAUUAGUUUCUUGAUGAUUGGUAGAUGAAACUUUGAUGAGGCUUUUCACUUGUCAUCUGUGGCAUGUUUAUUAUGUUUGUUAUUUUUCUGCGUUUAAUAAAGCAUUGUUAGUUGGCCCGGAAAAGUAGGAAAGGGGCUGGGCAAAAUGUACAAUGCACGUAAGUUUACUGGUUUGAUUCACUCUUUUUAGGGGUUAAACUGGUAAUUGGGUCUUCAAAGAAUGUAAUUGGAUGGGGACUAUAUGUAUCUGGUGUUCAGUACAAGUAAAACUAUCAAAAUAUUGGUGGUCUUUGUAAUAGAAUCUUUAAAUGCUUACUUAUUUCACCUGUUGUAAUGAAGAUUAAAUCCUUGCUACCUAAAAUAGUUAAAGCUUCCCCCCCUCCCCCCAAAAAAGAAUAUCAAUACAAAUUUGUUCGGCUUACCAUGCCUUUAUUAAAUUACUUUGUCUGCUGACGUCAACUACUGGUACCUAUCUGAUCCUCUUGAAUUUUCAGGCAACAAAAACGACGCGAAGCAGAGGAGAAAAGAUCGA